ACUUUGCAAGGAAAUUCGCUUUUAUUUCUUAAUUAUCCUAGUCUGUUGAAAUGUCCUGCUGUUGGAAGAUCUCUAUUGAGUUUAGACUUUGAAAACAUGCACUUCCACCUGAAACAGUUUCGAAAAACUCUCGAAAAUGAGGGUCGUGAGACGGCGUUGCCAAAUAUAUCAGACAUUCCACAAAAAAUGAGUGGCAACGCUCUUGAAUGUACCGUUGACUUUUAAAAUGAAAUUUAAAUACGUUAAUUAAACGGAUGUUCUAGAAGACUUUAUCUAAAAAGUCAGAACUACAAAUUAUUAUUGUUGUUUAAAUAUUUAUUUCUUUAAAUCUAAAUAUAUUCGUAUUCUAAGCUCUAAUAACAUAUUUUUUUAAAUUAAAUAUGUAUCAGUCGAAUAAUCAAUUUUUGUAUUAUUUUAAUAGCAAUUUCUGUAGCAAACUUGUUCCACUAAUCCUACUAUUUUCAAACAAUAAAUUGUUUAAAACCUUUAAUUAAAAACUAACUACCGCCGUCUUGCGCUCUUUUCAUAACUAUUGCACCCACUGCGAAAAGCUUUCUCUUGGCCUGCUCUUGGAAGAGAAAUGCCCAAAUAUAUAAUGCCUCUGCUGCAUCUCACCAGACCUCAGUCACAAUUCGACUUUGGCUCUGUGCGGUUGCGGUAACGGUGUUCCGAUCGCGUAUUUUCCGACGCUCAGACUUACUUAGUUUUCCCAUAAGGCACACAAAAAAAUAUAUAAACGGUGUGUGGAACAGAUACAAAUAUUGGACGCACGUAAACUGGAAAUCAGGCAGAAAAAUGCUCUGCCCGGGGGAAAAUGCUAAUGCAAAUGGCCAAACUGGUUUCACAGUCAAGGUCGGCGUUUCCGCCCAGCGACGACCGUUAUCAGUGCAAAAAUCCGUGCUCGGCGUGUCCAUCCUAAUGAUGGUUAUUAUUAUGUCGUCUUCGCUGGAUGCCAGGCUCAUUGACAAUGAUGGAAUAAUCAGCAGCGGCAACAACUACACCAACGCCCGCCACCGGCGCUCCACCUCCGGAGCUGCUGCAGCCCCUGCAGCGGCGAGUUGCAUGCAAGAUGCACGCUUCUACCGGAAUCCGAAUCGGCCGGUUCACAAGAUCUGGACGAACAGUGAGUGCGCCAAGUAUUUCCUUUGCCUAGACGGCGAGGUCUUUGAAUUUAAGUGCUCCGAGGGCCUGCUGUUCGAUGUUGUGCGUCAGAUCUGUGACUUCAAGGCGAAUGUGGACAACUGUGAUGUGAGUGCUGAGACGCCGGCGCCCAAGCCGCUCUUGGAGAUGGCCGACUGUGCGGAUGAGUACCAGCUAGGAUGUGCGGAUGGCACUUGUCUGCCGCAGGAGUAUUUCUGCGAUGGAUCCGUGGACUGUCCCGACGGCUCCGAUGAGGGCUGGUGUGAUGUAGAGCACGAUCCGAAUGCAGCCGGUGCGUGUGAUCCCAGGAACUGCCAGCUGCCAAACUGCUUCUGCUCAAAAGACGGCACCCAGAUACCUGGGAAUCUGCCGUCGCAAAAUGUUCCACAGAUGAUAGUGCUCACCUUCGAUGAUGCCAUUAACCACGACAAUUGGGAGUUAUUCUCCAAGGUUCUGUUCACCCAGAAUCGGAGAAAUCCGAACGGCUGUCCCAUUAAAGGCACAUUCUAUGUCUCGCAUCCAUUUACCAACUAUCAGUAUGUGCAGAAGCUGUGGAACGACGGCCAUGAGAUCGCAGUCCACUCAGUGACCCAUCGGGGCCCUGAGAUGUGGUGGUCCAAGAAUGCUACUAUUGAAGACUGGUUCGAUGAGAUGGUGGGUCAGGCCAACAUCAUCAAUAAGUUUGCCGCCGUUCGCAUGGAGGAGAUCCGAGGAAUGCGCGUUCCAUUCCUACGCGUCGGCUGGAACCGUCAGUUUCUGAUGAUGAAGGAGUUUGGAUUUGUUUACGACGCCUCCAUGGUGGCUCCACACUCCAAUCCGCCUCUGUGGCCAUACACGCUGGACUACAAGAUGCCGCACAGCUGCACGGGCGUGAAUCAGAACUGUCCCUCAAGGAGCUACCCGGGCAUUUGGGAACUGGUGAUGAACCAAUUGGAGGCGGGCGAAUACAUGUGCGGAAUGGUGGACAGCUGUCCACCGCACUUCAGUGGCGAGGAUGUCUACAGAAUGCUGACGCACAAUUUCAAGAGGCACUACCUCAGCAACAGAGCACCGUUUGGCCUGUAUUUCCAUUCCACUUGGUUCAAGAAAAUCGAUUACCUGAAUGCAUUUUUGAAAUUCCUCGAUGAUUUGCAAAAGCUACCGGACGUGUACUUUGUGACCAACCAGCAGGCCAUUCAGUGGAUGCGACACCCCACGCCCAGCAACCAGCUGCACCAGUUCGAGCCGUGGCACUGCCAGCCCAAGGACCUGGAUCCCCACGAGCGGGUCUGCAGUCUGCCGAAUGUGUGCAAGGUGCGGAGUCGGGUGCUGCAGGAGGAUCGAUACUUUUACACGUGCAUGGAGUGUCCGGCCCAGUAUCCCUGGAUUCGGAACGAGUUCGGGUUGGACUGA